CGCUGUGACUGUACCCAUCGAGGGAAUUUGUCUUAGUGGUCUGCUGGAGACUGACUUAGCUAUCUGCUUCGUGCCUGAGGCUGGGAUCAUACCCAAGUUCCUGGGAAGAUUCUAGCAUGGCAACAACUGGCCAACCUUCUUCAGAAAGGAACACCCUGCCUAUCACUAGCAAUGAAAAAAUCGACGGAGACGUUACCACCAUUGGGAGCAUCACGUUCGCCCAAAGCGGCUUCUUGGGAAAGGGUGCCUUAUCUACUGUCUUUCGAGGAAAAUGCGACAAGCGGAAAGAAGUGGCAAUAAAGCGCAUCCAUUACCGCACCGAAGAGGAGCGACUGCUGAUAGAAAAUGAAGUCGACAACCUGUUGAAAGUCGAGGACUAUGAUGUGAAGGUCAUCAGAUACUUUACAACGCAAAGGACUGCCAACUUCUACUAUAUUGCGAUGGAGUUGGCACUGGGUACAGUGGAAGACUACGUGGAAAGGAAACAGGAAGUGGCCAAAUCUGGUAUGGACGAGCUUGAUAAUCUCGAUGCGAUCAGCAUUCUCCGAGAUUCAUCCAAUGCACUUGAAUGGCUGCACGAGAAAAGUAUCGUUCAUCGUGACAUCAAGCCGUCCAACCUGAUGCUGGUGAAAAGCAAAAAAGGCGAGAUCGUGACAAAGCUGGCCGAUUUUGGCAUAUCCAAGGAGAUGACAGCUACCAAAAUACAAAUGACCGCUGGCAUCGGUACCCUGGAUUGGAUGGCUCCGGAAGCCCAUACGGGUGGAUAUCAACAGGGAACCGAGAAGACAGCUGACAUCUUUUCGCUCGGAUGUGUCUUCCACUUCAUCAUCUUCUCCGGAAAGCAUCCUUUCGGCGAUCUGUCCGACAGGAUGGCAAACAUCCAACAGGGAAAACCGUGCCUCGCGAACAUUGAAGAUCCCAAAUCAGUGAGCGUAGCGACAAGGCAUCUGAUAGAAGAAAUGCUACAGAUAGAUCCAACGGAAAGGCCAUCGAGUACGUACGUGGUCAACCAUCCGGCUUUGUGGACAACAGAGAAAACGAAGGAGUUUUUUUCAGGAUGUCAGCGACCGCAUCAAAGCCGGUAAAGAACUUGGCUCUGCGCUGGAGGAGGCUGUCAAUGAAGAUCUCCCUCUGGCGUUCGUCGAAGAA